CUGCGCAGACCGCCUACUAUGGCGGCCGCCUGAGACCAGGCCGCUAGAGGACUCGUCCGGACUCUCUCCUGCAGCCCGCGGCCGGUGCUGCUGUCCCAUGAUUCACGAGGAACCCGGCCAUGGUGGCUGGCCCCCACCCCAGCUAUGGAUGAGGUCACCUUCAAAAGUGACACUGUGCUCUCAGAUGUCCACCUCUACACCCCGAACCACAGGCACCUCAUGGUGCGGCUGAAUGGCAUGGGGCAGCCUGUUUUCCUGUCCCAGUUCAAGCUUCUGUGGAACCGAGACUCUCAGACAGACUCAGGGGUUGAGGGUGGCCGUCAUGCCAUGGGUCCCGCAGAGGAAAUGCCUCCCUCUGGGCCGGCUGGUGCCAGACCCCCUCUGGGGAGUGGCUGCAGGAGUGACGCCACCAUCCAGGAGGGGCUGGGAGCUCGGCUGGACGAGGACGGAGAUUUGGACGUCGAGAGGAGACCACGGGCAGCUUCGGACCCCGAGCCAGCGGGGCCUCCGAGAGACAAGGUACAUCCCACGAUUCUAACGCAGGAGGAAGACGACCCCCUGGCAGACGAAGCACAAGAGAGCAGCCCCCAGGAUAUCAUCAGAAUAGAACACACCAUGGCCACCCCCCUGGAGGAUGUUGGCAAGCAGGUGUGGCGGGGUGCCCUGCUCUUGGCUGACUACAUCCUGUUCCAACGGGACCUCUUCCAGGGACGCACCGUACUGGAGCUCGGGGCGGGCACAGGGCUGGCCAGCAUCAUGGCAGCCACCGUGGCACGUACCGUUUACUGCACAGAUGUCGGUGCAGAUCUCUUGGCCAUGUGCCAGCGAAACAUUGCCCUCAACGGCCACCUGACUGCUGCUGGAGGUGGUGUAGUUAAGGUCAAAGAACUGGACUGGCUCAAAGACGACUUGUGCACAGACCCGGAGGUCCCCUUCAGCUGGUCUCAGGAGGAUGUCUCCGACCUGUAUAGCCACACCACCAUCCUGCUCGCGGCUGAAGUGUUUUACGACGAUGACCUAACCGACGCUCUGUUUAAAACGCUGUCUCGCCUCGUUCACAGACUGGAAAACGCCUGCACGGCCAUUCUGUCUGUGGAGAAGAGGCUGAACUUCACGCUCAGACACUUGGACGUCACGUGUGAAGCCUACGACCACUUCCGCUCCUGGCUGCAGCGGCUGGAGAGGCUUGCGGACGGCCAGCUGCGCUUCGCGGUGGAGCCGGUGGAGGCCUCCUUCCCACAGCUCCUUGUCUAUGAGCGCAUCCAGCAGCUGGAGCUCUGGAAGAUCUUUGUGGAACCAAUAAUGUGACCCAUCGCAUCCACAAGCACGGCUUCUCGACUGUUCUUAGAAUGUGUUUCUAAUAAAAUGGAAAGCUCAUAAAACAA